UGACAGAUCAGCUGGUGCUUCUGUCGGAUGAAGUCCAGGUGUGGAAGCCGCAUGUCCAGAUGAUGUCACUGGCAGAAGUCGAUAUCGUCCAGCUGCACCCGACCCUGCUGACCCCUGCAGGCCACGUCAUCGUUCGGCAUGAGGUCGAUGCCAAGGUGCACUGUCUCAUGGAUCUACAUGCGUAUCCGAUGGACACUCAGACCUGCAGGUUAUUCAUACAUUUAGGUGGCAACUUACGGUUUCGAUGGGGUGUGCCUCCUGCACUUGAUCGCGGAUUUGCCAAGUCGGCAGUCAUCUUACGCCUGCCUGGAGUACACUCACAGCUAAGGCUGGAGGUGUUGGAGAUGCUCGCCUAUACGAACUCCUACCUUGAAAAAGCGACAGACAUACAUACCUUCACUACCGGUGAGAUGCGGUUUACCCUGGUUCGGCGCCUGAGGUACCACCUGCUGCAGACCUACAUGCCGUGUUUUUUUAUCGUCUUCAUGGGGUGGAUCAACUUCUGGUUGGACAUGGACUCUCCUCCCGCCAGAGUGUCUCUGGGGGUGACCACGGUGCUGACGAUCAUCACACAGAGCGCCCAAACCUCCCGCAUACCAGAAGUGUCUUACAUCCGAGCCGUGGACAUCUGGGUCUCCGUGUGUCAGCUCUUCGUCUUCUCUGCUCUGGUUGAAUAUGCUGUGAUCAGUUACAUUAAAAGGUGGAAACACCUAAAGAAGGUCCUAAAGCCAACGUCGCCAUCCUCUACAAAUGAAUCAAAUUCUACUGAUUCCAGACAGCAACCAAAUACUACUGACUCCAGGCUGCAACCUAACAGUACUACUGACUCAGGGCAGCAACCUACUGCCAAGAGACAACGCUCGGGUCGAUACUAUGCUGAAGCGAUCGAACGGGUUGCAAGGAUCGCCUAUCCAAUAGCGUUUCUUGUCUUUAUGGUAAUCUAUGUCAGUGUCUACUACAAUUUCAGAAUUUAAAGAGAUACUGUUACCGUGAGAAUGCAAACAGGCUUAUCAUGCUGUUACAUCUUAUUUGGAUCUCCACAGAACUGGCAUUGUGAUUUUUUGAU